GACGAAAGUGCUGAAACCGUCAAACUAGGCGGGACAAAUGAAAUGGUCCUGAAAUAAACGGAUUUUACUCACUUGGGUAUAACUACAGGACAAAAGUCAUUUUGUCUCCCAUUUUAUACCUUUAGUGUGAAUUAGCUGACCGCCUGGUUCCCCGAAAUUGCAUGGGGACAUUUACAACAUUUCUAAAUGUUUCCAGAUAUUAGGAUUGUUUUGUCAGCCAGCACACUUUUAUCACCGAUGCCUUUAGCUGCUUGACUUUUCAAGGGGAUGCAAACAAGAGUUUGAGAGGUGCACAAAUGUAACCUGUGCUAUAGGGUGGAAAAUGUCGAGCACUUUACCCGAGUCAGAGAAUCUGAGCCAUAAAACACAAACCACCACCUAUAACCACAAGGGUAAUGUCUUUGCAGAGCCACAAGCACUGACAACAACACCAAGGAAAGUAUCUACCCAAAGUACUAUGCUAACAGAGAUUCAAUCCAACAUGGGACCCCUUACAACCCCAACUAAAGGAAAGGAAACUGGGGCUGGUGAGCCUUGGACUCCAACCUCCAAUUUGAAAAUGUUGAUCAGCGCUGCCAGCCCUGAGAUCAGGAACAGAGAGAAAGAGCUGUGUAUGGACCCUGAAGGAGGGGAUGCCAUGGACCCUGAGCUUGGAGAGGAAGGGGAGAAACAGAUCAGCAGAAAAGAGAAGAGUCUGGGUUUGCUCUGUCACAAGUUCCUUGCCCGCUACCCCGACUACCCCAACCCUGCACUCAACAACGACAUCAGUCUGGAUGAUGUUGCCACAGAGCUUAAUGUGGAGCGCAGGCGCAUCUAUGACAUCAUGAAUGUGCUGGAGAGCCUGCACAUUGUCAGCCGGCUAGCCAAGAAUCGCUACACGUGGCACGGGCGCGCUAACCUGCCACAGACCCUGGCCAAGUUGCGGCAGGUGGGCGAGGAGCACCGCUACGGGCAACAGAUGCAGCAGAUCCGCCAGCGCAGCCUGGAAAAGGAGUUUGACUCGGACGGCGAGGAGAAGGAGAACGAGGAGGCAGGGGAGGGAGGAGAACAGGGCCAGAAGGAGAUGUUCUUCGUGGAGCUUCCUGGGGUGGAGUUUAAAGCAGCCUCAGUGAACAGCAGGAAGGACAAGUCUCUGAGGGUGAUGAGCCAGAAGUUUGUCAUGUUGUUCCUGGUGUCCACACCUCGGGUGGUCAGUUUGGAGGUUGCUGCCAGGAUCCUCAUUGGAGAGGACCAGGUGGUUGAUCAGGACAAGAGCAAGUUCAAGACUAAGGUCCGCAGGCUGUAUGAUAUAGCCAACGUGCUGCGGAGCCUGAAGCUGAUCGAGAAGGUCCACGUGACAGAGGAAAGAGGCAGGAAGCCAGCCUUUGAAUGGACCGGCCCUGAGGACUUCCCCAGUGUGAAGGAGACCACUGCCACUACAGCCACUGCCAAGAGGACACUUGAGUCUCGUACCUCCGUUGACAACUGUGCCAAAAAUCUCUUCUCCUCUCCGGGGAGCAAACGCAGCUUCACCCGUCACCCCUCCCUCAUCAAACUGGCCAAGAGCAUCCAGGAAGACCGGCGCAAGAUCAACUCAGCCCCCACCAGCCCUGUCAAGAAUGAUUCCUCGAGCAGCGAGUUCUUUCCCACCAAAAUGGCUCAACUAGCGGCAAUCUGUAAGAUCCAGCUUGACCAGCAAUCAAACGAGGUUGUUGACAGGACACCUAAGCCUGCAGUUACUGUGACUGAGGCAGUGCCAGAUCAUGAACAGAGAGCUGCUAAAAAUCCAGUAGCUCCCCAGCCGCCAGUAUUAACACCCACAGAACCCCGUGCCAGCACUGUCCACCUCACCCCACAGGCACAGUUCACCCCCCAACCUACUGGGGCAAUGUCCUUCCACCCUGCCCAGUGUUCACCCCUCAUCCCUGUGCUGCUGCCCCAACUCCAGGGAGGCGGACCCUACGCCAUCUACAUGCACCACUCCUCCUUCAGGCCACACCCCCUAACCAGGCCUCAGCCAACCAGCCUCGCUGUACGCUCCAUGACCUUUGAGGAUAAGACGGGGCGGAGCCCGAGUGAUGUCACAGUACACGGCCACUCGCCUGCUACGAACAACCUGCCAACCAGCAGCCCCUCGGCACUAAAACGUGUGUGUUCAGAGAGACCCUCUGAGGAAAGCCCCUUCAAGGCCAAGAGGAUUGACCCCAGCACCAGGGACACGUCUCCUAAGCUGUGUGAGAUCCUCCAGGCUCGUCUGAAGGCGCGUCGCGGGGGACUCCUCUCCAACCGUCCCUCGCCCCGAGCCCUCCACCUGGACCCCGAGUUCGUCAACACACCUGGGAGCUCAGUGGCCGUCGCAGCCAAUCAGACACUGGAGCAGAACCUGGAGACCUUCCUGGAGAAGGAGGAGAAGGUCGCGACCUCAGACAGCGAGGCAGGGCUCACGCCGGUCAGAGCUGUUCCACUGACCCCCCAACACCUACACACAGAGACUCUGAUCCCCACUGGCUACCUGAUCCCUAUCUCCCAGCAGUCCCUCUUCAGCUACAAAGACAUCCACAACACCGAGAGCAGCAACGCCUCCAUACCCACCUACAACAUCUACCACACACCCACUGCAGGCUCUAAACCACCCCCGAUCCAGGAGUUCACCCCCACCAGCCUCCCCUUCCACAGGCCUCCCCCCGCCUCGCCCUUCUCUGCUCCAGGGCACCGCUUCCACAGCCCCAGCCCUGCCAUCCUCAACUUUACCCUGCAGAACCUGGGCCUCAUCCCUGGGCCUGGCUCUGUACCCGCUUGCAGCCCUGGUACUGCCCAAACCCCAGAGCACCCCAGCUCCGUGCCCCUGCCUCCCCACCUGGGCCUGCAUCAGAGGGGCAGCAUGGUCUUCGUUAAGCCCAUGUCCCCCGUGCCAGUCCAACACCAGAUGACCGGCCCAGGCGGGCAACCACUCACGCUAAUCAGCCUACAGCAGGUGACCACGCCCAAAGGGACGGCCCUCGCCCAGCACAGUUUCUUCCACACCCCUGUCUCCCUCUCCCCGCUGGCUACCGUGGUAACCACCAGCCACGGACACACGGCGCCGGCGGGAGCUAAAACCGUUUACAUCCCCCAGAGGAAGCUGGAAGUCACCACUGAGGAUACCUAAAGACUAUGCUGCUAUACAACCUGUGUGUGUCUGUGCGUGUCUGCAUGGUUUUCUAUGGUCUGACUGUCAUAUUUUUUGUAGGUUGAGUGAUUUAAAAAAAAAAAAAAGUUUUAGGGUAUGUGAUGUCUCCAAAUGAUUUAAUCCAAAACUAGUCCAUGGGUUAUUCCAGCGUUUCCCAAACUCGGUCCUCAGGACCCCAAGGGGUGCACGUUUUGGUUUUUGCACUACACAGCUGAUUCCAAUUAUCAAAGCUUGACGAUUAGUUGAUCAUUUGAAUCAGCUGUGUAGUGCUAGGGCAAAAACCAAAACGUGCACCAUUUGGAGUCCCGAGGGACUGCGUUUCGGAAGCCCUGGUUUAUUCCAUUUCUACAGGGGGAAGACAAAGUAUGUGAACGUGGUGUGGAAACUCCAUACAGAAACAGCUGCGUGUCAGGGUGAGCACAGCUAGCUCCAAAUAUAACUCUGAUGGAGAGACCAGCCAUGGUAAAUACUCUUAACCCUGGGGCUUUGAGACACAAUAUGAUGCCAGGUAUUACUGUGUAAUACUAUAAUACUACAGCGUACUUUUGAUACUGGUUUAUGUAUGGAUUUAUGAUUAGGGAUCACCAGUAGGUAUUAAACUGGUAAGGGGUGCUUUCUGUGUCUAAAUAGUGAAACAGUCUUGUCUUAUUUAGGUUUUGAAGGGUUGUUUGCCAAAAUCUAAUAUGCUGUAUUUCAACAUUUCUCAAAGAGAAGUUGUAUUGAAGUCCCAUUACAUCAUCAACGUGCCAUAGAGAAGAACAACAACUUAACCUCAGUUCACCAGGAUGACAUUUAAUAUGUGACAGUGGGACUUUAAUGACUGAAAGAGAAUUUUCUUUUUGAAAAGUAUUGUAGAUGAACUGUUUUUGUAUGUGUAAAAUUGGUAAGAUUACAAUUUUGCACGUUGUACAUGUUAACUGUUACCCUUAAAAAGCUGAAUUGUAUGUGAUUCAACUGUAAGGGGUGAAUGUAUGCGAUGGCUUCCUACCUUAGGCAAAUCACGUAAUUGAAAUUGGAUCUUAAUGUAUAAGGAAUGGACUUUAAGCAUUAAAUUCAGCUCAGAUGUCCUUGUAUAUGAAAUGGUAAAUAAACAUAUUUUUAAACCGG